GGCCUGGACGUGGGCCGCCUCCAGGACAUCGUGGCGACGCGAGUGCUGCCGCAGUGCCCCCGCCUCACCGCCAGGCCCAAGCACAUGCCCUUCGCCGCGGGUGGCGGCAUGUGCUGGGUCCCGGACUCGGACUUCGCCAUCGAGAGACACGUCUUCCUGGCGGACUGCGGCGGAGACGGCCUGCAGGUGUACGUCUCGCAGCUGCUGGACGAGAAGCUGCCCGACGACCGGCCGCCGUGGGAGCUGCGGCUGCUGCCGGCGUGCGGCUCGCGCAAGACCGAGGUGGUGCUGGUGGUGCGCGUGCACCCCGCGCUGGCGGACGGCGACGCGCUCGUCCGGCUGCUGUGCCACGCGCUGGCCGACAACGCCACGGCCAGGCCCAAGCAGGCGGACGACGACGGCGCGGCGGCGGUGAGCGUGUCCUGGUCGUCGGGCAUCGCGCUCAGCAAGGUGCGGCGCAUCCAGCAGGUGUCGCGCUGCAGCCUCAACUGCGUGCUCCUGUCCGCCGUCGGCGGCGCCGUGCGCGUCCUGCUGCAGGGCUGCGGCGUGCGCCAGCCGCCCGACCUCCAGGUGGCCCUGCCUCUCAGCAUGCAUCGGUCCAAGGGUCACGACCCGGCGGGCCAGAACGGCGCCCCCCUUCCCGACCACCCCCCACUCCUGCACCUCCACCACCACCACCACCUGCCGUCGGAGAGCAGUCUGUACGCCUACAUCGACGGCCUCUCGAACGCCGUCAGCGCCAACACCAACAACAACAGCCACAAGGUCCGCGACAACAACAACCCCGAGGGGUGCGCCGUGUCCAACAAGACCGCCCCCGUGGUCGUGGGGCUGCCCGUCAGCGUGGAGGGGGCCGUGCCGCGCCUCUGGGCCACCAGGAGGUGUCUGCAGUACCUGCGCUCCGCGGCGGAUCCCGAGGUGGUGUACCUGGCGUCGCUGGGCGGCUCGUGGAGCGGCAAGCUGCUGGCGGCGCUCACGGACAAGGCAUCGCUGCAGUUCGCCACGCUGCCGGGCCCCGCGUCCACCGUGCUCGUGGGCGGCGCCGUGCUCAAGGCAGUGUACCCGCUGCAGCCCGCGCCGGGCCGCCUGGGCAUCGCCGUGUCCGUCAUCACCUACGCCGACCAGGUGUUCGUGACCGUGGCCUCCGACGCCGCCCUCGGCCCCGCCGGCUCGCUGCUGCUGCAGCACUUCAACGUGCAGAUCGAGCUGCUGUGGAGGCUGCUCCGGAACCGACGCGCGCCUGGGGAGACGCGGCCGCCGCUGUCGCUGCUGCGGAGGGCGGACGUGCAGGCGUCGCCCGUCGGGGAGCUGGCGUCGCGGCUGUGCUACGUGCAGGGCGAGCUGGAGCGCCUCGCCAGCGAGGAGGCGGUGGACGGCCACUUCGACUGCGGCCAGGAGGCGGCCCGCCUGUCCAGCCUGUCCAGCCUCAAGGCGGAGUUCACCACGCUGCUGCACGAGGUGCGCAAGCGGCAGCUGCAGGCCGACGAGGACGGCGACGUCGGCGUCCAGGCUCGGUCCUCGCGCCGCCACCGCGGCCGCCGCAUGACGUCCUCGCCGGAGCAGGAGUACGACGCCAUCGCCGAGGCCUACUACCCGGCCGAGCUCAAGAACUGCGCCAAGUUCAGCCUCCUGGAAGAGAGCCCGACGGCGGAGGCGGCCUCGGUCGCCAGCGAGCAGCGCCGGCCGUCCUGCCUCAAGAAGACCACCCGCAGGGACACGCCGCCGUCGGACCAGUCCUCGCCGUCGCUGUCCACCAGCGUGCUGCACCAACUCAGGUAA